CACGGACAUGAUAAAUGGCUUUUCCUCCCACCACACAAUGGUAACGCAUACUCAUCCUGUGCUCAGUGUAAUUCACGUUUGGGGGAGCGCACUGUCAUGGAGAAAAAUCACAAACAAGACCAGCAGAGCGACGUGUUCGCCGGCUUUAUGACACCUUACAAAUCAUUCGCCACAGAGGCGAUUCACGUCGGCCAGGAGCCGGAGCAAUGGAAGUCAAUGGCUGUAGUGCCGCCUAUCUCUCUUUCCACCACUUUCAAGCAGACCGGACCAGGACAGCACGCCGGGUUUGAGUACAGCCGCAGUGGAAACCCAACAAGAAACUGCCUUGAGAAGGCUGUGGCUGCUUUGGAUGGGGCAAAGUAUUGUAUUGCUCUGGCUUCUGGGCUGGCUGCCACAGUGACUAUCACUCACAUGCUGAAGGCUGGCGAUGGCAUCGUCUGCAUGGAUGACGUGUAUGGAGGCACAAACCGCUACUUCCAAAGAAUUGCUGCUGAAGUGGGUCUGGAAGUGUCUUUUGCUGACUGUACAAAACCAGACAAGCUGAAGGCUGCUCUGAAGCCCAACACUAAACUGGUGUGGAUCGAGACACCAACCAACCCCAUGAUGAAGGUUGUCGACAUCAGGGCCUGCUCUGACUUGGUCCACGACCACAACAAAGACAUAGUGGUGGUUGUGGACAACACCUUCAUGUCAGCCUAUUUCCAGCGCCCCUUGGCUUUGGGAGCUGAUAUCUGCAUGUAUUCAGCCACCAAAUACAUGAACGGUCACAGUGAUGUGGUGAUGGGUCUCGUCUCAGUGAACCGGGAAGAUCUGUACGAGCGACUGAAAUUUCUGCAAAACGCUCUGGGUAGUGUUCCCUCUCCCUUUGACUGCUUCUUGUGCAACCGAGGACUGAAGACGCUACACCUGCGGAUGGAGUGCCACUUUAAGAAUGCCAUGGCGGUUGCCAGGUUCCUGGAGGCCGAUCCACGGGUCGAGCGCGUCAUUUUCCCAGGCCUGCCCUCCCACCCUCAGUACGAAGUGAUGAAGAGACAGUGCACCGGAUGUCCGGGGAUGAUCACCUUCUACAUUAAAGGGAAACUCGAGCACGCCUCCACCUUCCUCAGUAACCUCAAAAUGUUUGCGAUAGCUGAGAGUCUCGGUGGUUAUGAAAGUUUAGCAGAACAUCCGGCAAUUAUGACUCAUGCAUCAGUGCCGGAAAAUGAGAGGAGUGCCCUGGGGAUCAGUGAUACACUGAUCCGACUGUCUGUGGGACUGGAGAAUGAGGCAGACAUCAUUGAAGAUCUGAAGCAAGCACUUGAUGCUGCUCAUCCAAAGAUGAAGUGAAAUGUCUUCGGGGCGUCCUCGAGACUGAGGCUGAGGCUGAGUCAGUCGAGGUCAGGAUGAAGACCGGAGGUUCCCGAAGUCUUAAAUCAUCCCUGACCAACAUGUGGUGCCUCAGUUCGGCGCACAGAUGGAAGAGAUUCACCUAUCAGGGAACAACUUAAAGAAUUUUCAGUUUUGCUUGAUAACAAUCUUGCUAUCUGUGAAUAAGUAACAAAAUAGUUACAUAAGAAUCUUUUUGCUGAUUAUUUUACUGGGACAUCAGCUGUGAUCCUAUUUAUCUUGUGCAGGUUUUGCUUUGUUUUUAUGUUUCUGUGUGUUCAUGUUUGAAAGGCUUUAAUGGGGCUUAGUCCUACGCAGUCAAGACAGGUGCAGACAGCAUGGGUUUCUGCAGGAAAAACACUAAACAAUAUUUUUGCCUGUAUUGCUUGUAAUAUUGUUGCUGUAAAACAUGUCUGUUUCAGGCUGCAUCGAAGUUUUGACAUGCAGAAUAGCCUCCAAAUGGAAAGUUUUAUAUCCCUGGCACUUAGUACAUCUGCAGCUGUAGCCUGUAUUAAUAAUUUCCAAAUUCUAACUGCCAUAAUUUGGUCUGUAAAAGAGUUUUAAUGAAAUCUAUAUUAGUCUGAUUAACCCGACUAUUACAGACAAAGCUAAUGCCACCACAUACUAUUCAAAAGUCAGAAAUAUUUUCUUUAUACUGUAAUCAUUUUCUCAAACAUUUCAAAGGUUCUUCAUAUCCAUGAAAAAAAAAUCGAUAUCUCCAAUCAAAAAUGACGAAUUGAAAUGCGAGCACAUCAAUACAAAUCAUUUUAAACAGAACUUGAUAUUAUGCUUUAGCAAGCCUAAGCCUUGUGAAGAAAGUCUGAAACUAACUGGGAUAUUUGCCAAUAAAUGGAGGAGUGUUUGCUAUCAUCACACACUAUGUGGAGCAGAAAGUUCAAGCAUUGUCGAUACUGAAGAUGUUUUAUUUUUCUUGUGACAGUCGAAAGCCGUCACAGGAGUAUCGCUCAGAAUGAAAAUCAGUAUGUGUUCUUAAGGGUUUGGGUCGAUGAUAGCAAAGCAAAGAAAAGAAAAAAAAAAAGUUAUCCAAGGUCAGGGCUCACAUGUUUUGUUUAGUUUUUUUCUGUGCAAAGGAAAAGGUUUUACUCUGGCACUUCCUCUUUCUGCUUUCCCCCUCUGUAGUCAAACACAUCAUAUAUAACAUAUCUGCUUAAGCAUAGCCCUCGCUUGGGAAAAACCACUCAGUAUCAAUGUCAUUUAUAUACCCGACAAAUCCAUUAAAAUCAGUUUAAGUCA